UAUACAGGCUGACUUUGAAUUCGACGAAUUCGAAAUUAGUUGUAUUAUCACCUCCCGAAAAGAAUACGUCGAAUUCAAAUUCAAAUAUAAAUAAACACUACGGUCUACGACACUAUAUAUGUGUCAAAGUAUUUCUGUAAAGAUUAUAAUUAUACAUUAUGGAAAGUGUCUUUGGUACAUAUAAUUGUCAGUGAAAUUGUGUCCACAUUUGCUAUUUAUUUAUGUCUAAAUAUUUUACCUGUUUUUUAUCUCACCGAUACCAUUGCCAAUAUUAUCUGUGAUACUUAUUUAUAAUAUUUGCCGUGGAUUAUGGCUUUAUCAUACGUUUACACUAAAAAACGUUGUGAGUUCGGACGUCAGAUACAGUUCGCCAUAGGGAAGACAGACAUGUGCGACAGUAUCGGCGUGAACAAGGUCGAGCACAAGCAGUACAUCCUGCGCAACCCCGUGCACGAGCUCACGCAGCACACGCCGCGCUUCUCGCAGUGCGAGAUCAACACCAUUCGCGCCGAGUACGCCAACAGUGGCGCCAACCACGCCGAAGGUGGCUGGCCCAAGGAUGUGCACGUACACGACCCUGAGGCCACGCAGAGAUAUCGCCGUAAGAUUGAGAAGGACGAUGCUUAUAUCCAUUGCGUCAUGAACCUUUCGCCGGGAUUAGAGAAACUAGUUUUACAGAACAAUGCAAUCGAAAUGUACCAAACCUACUACGCAGAACUAGCAAACAUGCCAGCAGUAGAGCAAAACAGCUGCCGCACGGUGAACGUGUACCGCGACGGCGCAGGCGCCUCCAAGCGCGAGCGCUCGGGCUCUGCAUCCUCUGGCCCUUGCCGACCAGUCAGUUCUAUCUGCUGGCUGCCCGACGGCGGGUCGCGCUUCGCCGCCACGUACGUGGACAUCGACUUCAAUCGUGAGACACGCGCUCCGCUCGACGCGUACAUUUGGGACGUGGACAGUGCAAACAGUCCCGAGACCACAAUUUCUCCAGAGUGUCCCUUGUUGGACCUGCAGUACAAUCCGAAGGAUUCGCACAUGCUGGCAGGCGGCCUGAUGAACGGCGGUGUGGCUGCGUGGGACUUGCGGAUGAAGGCCAACAAGCCGACGGCAGCGAGUCCCCCGCACGUGGCGCACCGCGACCUCGUCAGGAACGUCUUGUUCAUCAACUCUAAGAGUGGCUUGGAGUUCUUUUCAGGCGGACCAGACGGUGUCGUCAAGUGGUGGGAUAUUCGCAAAAUUGAUGAACCCACCGACGAAUUGAUCAUCGACUUAGUCAAAACUCAAACCGAAGUUCAGAGCAUGGCCAAGUCCAACGGCGUGAGUGUGCUCGAGUACGAGUCUACUCUACCGACGCGGUUUAUGGUCGGCACAGAGAAUGGACUGGUCAUAAACGGCAACCGCAAGGGAAAAUCUGCGAUGGAUAAGUUACCAGCAAAGUUUGACGCGCACGUGGGUCCAGUGUGGCGGGUGGAGCGCAACCCUGGCUUCCUGAAGAACUUCCUGACGGUCGGCGACUGGACGGCGCGCGUCUGGAGUGAAGAGUGCCGCGAGUCCUCUGUGAUCUGGACGCCGCCCGCGCGCCACCGGAUCACCAACGGCUCCUGGAGCCCCACGCGGGUGUCGCUGAUGCUGCUGACGCAGUACGACGGCAACCUGUCAGUGUGGGACCUGCUGCGGCGCCAGCACGAGCCCGUGCUCACCAUGCAGGUGUGCGAGGAGCCGCUGCUGACGGUGCGCCCGCACGAUGGAGGCGCGCUGCUCACGUGCGGCAGUCACAAGGGAAACAUUUACCUGGUGGAGCUCUCGCAGAACCUGGCCAUGAGCGACAAGAACGACAAGCACCUGCUCACCGCGGUGUUCGAGCGGGAGAGCAAGCGCGAGCGCAUCCUGGAGGCGCGCAUGCGCGAGAUCAAGCUGAAGCAGCGGCAGGCGGAGGGCAGCCCGGUGCACUCCGCCAGCGAGAUGGAGGCGACGCUCGGCGACCGAGACCUGCUCGAGGCGGCGCAGGAGUUCAUGCAGAUCACCCGGAAGGAGUUCGCUGCACUGUAGCGGCCAACCGAAGCUCAACUUUGUGGGGCUGCGGCCAUACUUAGAAAUAUCUUUCCGACAUGCUACCGUUACCAUGGCAACGCAUUCACCUUAUUGCAAGUUACAUAAUAUUAUUUACUACGCUUGAUACGUUUGUAAGUGUUUUAGUGAAUACUUUAGAUAGUUAAUGGUAUUGUUAUGUAUAAUUGUUAGAGAUACUUGUUAUAUUAAGUAUUUUUAGUUUUUAAUAAAUAAGUUUAUCUUUACUUGGAUAAUAUUAUUAUUAAUGUUUAACAUUUUGGCAUCAAUACAUAUAUUUAAACAGUUA